AUGCAUGAGUCAUUAUUGCUAAAAGAAGACUUAUAUAGUAAUGGCGCCGAUCCAACAACAAAUAAUAAAAUUGUCAAAUUAGUAUUAAAGUCAAAACAUGUAUCAUUGGCCAAAAAUGCGCAAGUCGAAUUACAACUACCCAUUCUGUUACAAAAAGUCUAUAUGUAUGAAGUGCAAACUCAAACAGUUGAUAAUGAAAAUAAUUUCAAUGGUGUAGCUAAAACUCUAUCAGCAGAUACAAGAGAAUCAGCUACAUCUUCUGAACAAGUCAACUCACCACCAUCCCCAACAAUACUAGAAGUUAAAAAUGAAACUGAUUUAUUGAGUAAAGAAGCUGGCGAUGAGGCUCGUUUAACUGGUUAUAAUAAAUAUGGUUUAUUGUCAUUAGAUGAAUAUCAAAUAAUUCGAUCAGGUGAAGAACAUGUUUUAAUGAAAUUUUUUAGUGAUGAUGAUGAUUCAUCUGAUUCUGAAAAUGAAAGUGGUGAUAUAACAGCUGUUCAAAAAACAACCAGAAAAAAGGAGAAAAAAUCACAGGAAGAUAAUAUUAAUAGAAUCAUGGAGCAACUGGAAAUAAAUGACUAUACGGCUGAUAAAAAUCAAAAACAUACACUUUUAGAUCGUCAUAAAACUCAUUCUUAUCUCAAUAAUCUUGAACUAAAACCACAUCGUUCACAUCAAAGUCAUCGUCAAAAUACUGAUUCUCGCUUCCAUCACCGACGUUCAGUACGAAAUGAAUUCCAACCACCAUUUUCAUCCAGUCAAGAAUUAUCGUCUCCCAAACAUAGACAAGAUGAACACCAAGAAUUGAUUCCAAAAAUACAAAUAAAAGAAAAAUUUUGUAAUCAUAACACGAAAGAAAUAAAUGAAUUAGAUGAUGAAUUCAUAAACACUUUGGAUUUGAAUAAUAACGCUGAAAUCGAUAUUUUAUCACCCACCUCAACCAUUACAACAAAAAUACCGUCCACAUCGUCUCUCGUAAAUUCACUAUCAAAUCGCACAUCAAAAACUAUUUGUAGUGUAGAUGAAUUUCCUGUCAAAACUCUUCCAAAUCUAUCUGAGUUAGAUCAACUCUCGGCAGCUAUUGCCCGUUCAACAUGUUCAAAAGUUAGUCAAUCGAGUGAAAAUACUCAACAUUAUUCUAGAAAACAAUUACAUAAAACAAUGAGUGAAGUAACACAACAAGAUUUACUUGAAUUAAAUGAUCCACAUGAUAUUGAUGCUGAAUUAGAUCUUCUCGUUGAUACAGCAGUCAACGAUGGCAAAUCCUCACUCUUCAUGAAUUGUCAACAGUCAGCGUUUGAUGUUGUACCGCGGCCACUUGGUGAUAAAUGGUUUAAACAAUGGCAAAAACAAGAUUUGGAGCAAUUACCAACGUCAACUCAUGCUUCAAUCUCUGUUACUUCAAAUACUCAUUUAUAUGUUGAAUGGAAUAAAACACAAAACGUCGAACAAUUGAUCACUCCUAUUCUUUCAACUUUUUGCUAUAAAUCAGAACAUGAUAAUGGAUUUGAAAAUGAAAAAUCUUUUGAUGUUAUAUUUGGAGAAACCUAUGAAAGUAGGAUACAGAAACCUAAUGAAUAUGUAGAUGAUAAUUUCUCAAAGGUAAGCAAUUGUGAGAGAAAUUUAUUCGAUCAUGCAAAAUCAAAUUUGAAUCUAAAUGAGAAAGAGGUACAGAAUGACGAUGAAGAACCGAGUAGAUCGUUAAUUCAAUUUGAAUGUAUUAACAUUUCAUCAUCAACCAAAAAUUUUGAUGAAAAAACAAUUCAUUCAAUAAAUUUUCAUAAAACACAUUCACUACCAUCGUAUAUAAGAUCGACAAGUGGAGCUGAACGUGGUUCAUUAUUCAAACGUUUAUUUAAACCUCAUCAAACAUCAUCAUCAACUCGUUCUAAACGUAACGAAAUUCUAGCUCUUGUCAAUUCCAUACGAGCAUUUGUUCGUGAUGCCCUUCAAAGUUGUAGAAAAAAUUUAAAUCUAAUCACUAUGAUGUUGGAACGGUUACAAACAUCAUCGUCAACCACAACCAUAACUCCUGCCAUUGAAACACCGGUGUCUGUUUUACAACAACCAGAACAACAACAAGCAUUUAAAAAAGUUAUUAUGAGAAAAAUUAGACGACCGAAAAUAAUUAAAAAUAUACCAGAACCACCUUCAUCUGAAACAAUGCGGAAAGACGGUCAUGUCCUGUAUCUUAAACUAAUUAUAAAAAAAACUAUGAUUUCGAUUCGUUUAAAAUCGCUCGGUUUUAUCUGGUAUAGUUUAAUUUGUUUCAUUUUUCAAAUAUGUUCUAUUCUUGAUGAUUUUCGUACUGUUCGUUAUUAUGAUUCUCUUAAUUGGUCAAAUAAACCGAAUAAUAUAUUAACAAUAUCGUUAACAUUUUUGGCUGUUAGUCUUAUUGGUGGUCCAUUAUGUUCUAUUAUGAAUUUAAUUAAAAUGGGAAAUUUAGUAGAAGAUAAUUUACAAUUUGGAUUAGAAUAUGAUACAAAUCAAAAACGACAUCGUUUAGCCAUACCAUUUGUAUCUCUUGCAGAAGUACAAAUCACACUGUUAUUAUUACUACCAAAAAUUUUAUUAGAAGCUGAAGAAAUUAAAGCUCAAUUAAAAUCUGAAGGUUUCGCAUUUGAAUCUGAUUUAGAUUUUCUAUUGGGUACUGCUGAUGAACGUAUUAAUUUGUAUAAUCAAUCGUCGAUCCCUCUCUAUCGAUCGGUAACAUUUUCAUAUUAUAAACCUGUUGUUUCAUGUCAAUUGUUGUAUUAUUUUCUUGUAUUAUGUCGUUUAUCUUAUUUGUAUGCAUCAGCCUAUUGGAAUUCGAAUAAAUGUUAUUCUAUUCUAUGUAAUCUUCACUCAUUGCUCGUAUUAACACUAUGUAUAUUUACUGUAGCAACAUUUGAAGUUUUAUAUAAAAAUGUGACAUUCUUAUUUUCAUCUGUUACAUUAUUACAUUUAUCAAGUCUUAUACAGACACCAUUGAUAUUAUUAAUUUGUUUAUUUGUUGGAUUAUUAUUAAUUUUACUAACAAAUCAUUGUCUCUACUAUUUUGGUUAUAUUCUCUAUGAACAAUCAUUAAUUAGAUUAAAAAAUCAAUUAAUUCGAUUAUCAAAUUUAGAUGAUCAAUAUUUUACAAAUCAAAAUCGUCCAUUACGUCGUACUCUAUUAUUUUAUUUAUUAUACGUUUUUUUAAGUUUACUCUGUUUUUUAUUAUAUAUUUAUCAUAUUAUUAAAAUGUUUCAACAGGGAAUUUAUGAUUUAUUAUUAAUUAUUCAGUUAGGACUAUUAUUAUUUUAUCUUCUAUUUUCCCUAAGUUUAUUUGCAUUUUUAACUUGUACACGUGUAUGGCAUUUUCAAUUUUCAUCAUCAUAUAAAUAUCAAUGUUGGAAUCAUUUAAAUUCUCAACUUGGUAAUGAUAAUGGUGAACAAAAACCACGAUCUCAAAGUAUUACAUCAACAUCUGAACAAAGUUCAAAUAAUUCAAGAAAUAAUAAUAAUAUUGAUCAAAUUGUUUAUAAUCGUCGACCUUUUAGUCGAUCAACAAAUGUUGAAGAUAAAUUAUUUACAAUUAAUAAUUCACCAUAUGAAUAUGCUCGUGCACAACGUACAGUUAUUAUACCAACAGUGAAUAGUAGUGGUUUAACUGUAUUAGAUGAAGAUGGAAUACGUCUUACAUCACCUCUAAAUAGCAACAAUUAUUCACAUUCACAUAGUAGUACAUUGAUUAAUCCAUAUGAUAAUCGUACAUUAACAUCAAAUAUUGAUACAACUCAUCAUAGCUCAUCGACAUCCUCAUUUAUCUGUUUGAAUAAAGAUGAGAAUAACGAGCAAGCAAUAGAACAAUCUAAAAAAUUAAUAAAUGUUCAUGAACAUGUAUCAACAAGUGUUGAUGAUAUUGAUUCAGGAAAUCAUUCAUCAUCGACAUUAUCUCAACAACAUCAAAUUAUACAUCAUCAUCGAUCAUUAAUACAUCCAGAUUAUCAAAGAAUAAAAACAGGUGUAACCACAGAUACAUUACUUGUCAUGCAUUAA